UGGGGAAAGCUCUCUGUCCCCAGUGGGUCUUCUCAGGCAGACAGUGGACUUGAGCAGCUGAUUCCGGGGUGGGGUGAGCUGAAUUGCUGUGUGGCCUCGGCCUAGCUGCUGUCAAGUCUUCUGCCUGUUCCCCCAGAUGGCUCUGGGGGGACUGAUUCUCCUACAGUGUUCUUGGGUUUGAUGGUGCCGUUGAGACUCUUGGAGUCCCUGAGAGUGACACUUUGGAAUGGGAAGUCCCAGGCUGGCUUUAGGACUGAGAGAGGGCAGGCUCGGGUGGGCAGGAAGUGGGCUCCGUCUGACUUACCUGCCCACCCUUUCCUGGCCCUUGACGCUGCUGACUGAGGAGGGACUUGGCUCAGGACAGCUCUGCCAUUGGUCUGUCUUGAACCUGAGCCACAGUUCCCUGUUCCCUGAGAGGGGCCAGAGGUUUUAGAGAUAUUUAGGUCAGAGUUCACUUAAGAGAUGGCUCUCUCGGCCUCUCCUUCAAUCCUGGGGCCACCUAGGAAGUCCCUGGGAAAGUUUUGGAAGACCCCACAGAGAUGGGAUUGCGCACAGACUCGGUCCUGGGGCCGGUAGCUUGUUUCCUCUUGUAUCUUCCCACCCUAAGCACUUGGGGAAGAGCCUACAGCUCUGCCCGGGGUCCUUCCCUGGGGAUCCCCGCCCUGCCACUGGCUGGGUUUGCCCUGGAUGCCCGUCAGUCUGUGGAGGUUUUGAGCUCUGCCCGGCUCUAUCUCUCUUGUUGGGUUCCAGGACCUGUCUCUAAUUGAUAAGUGCCUGUCUUCAUGAAUUGGGUGCAUGAUAAAUGUUGAGUGGCUCCUUUUGUCUCUGCAUGUUCCCAUGAGUCUGUCUCUCACGGGCUCCCUCCUGUGUAGUGGCUGUGUGUGUUCUUGCCUUUGCCUCUUGGUACAGAUCUCCCACCCACCUCGGUGUUGCAUGUGUGCCUGGCUGCCUCUGUCUGUCGGGUAACGGUCCCAGUCCAUCUCUUGCUGCCUGGGGAUAUGUCCAGAUAGUAUGCCUCCCUGUCCGAUGACUGUGUAUGUACUACGUACAUGUACACAGUGUAUGUAUGUCUUCCGGCCCCUGCCUGAUGGGCGUCUGUCCUUGUCUGCUGCUACAUACUAGAUGCCCAUCUGUGCCUACCAGGUACCUUGUCAGGUCCCUGUUCUAGGACCAAUCUGCUCAGCAGCUGGGCUGGGCUGGGGCUUUCUCUUCGUAGGCCUACAGGGAGGAUGAAGGGGAGGGCCAGAGGGCCGACCUCAGGCACCGGGGAGUAGGGGGAGAGAGAAGAAGGGAGCAGAGUGAGGGUGGAAGCCGGGAGCUGGGAAACCACAGGCCCUGUGUGAUUGGCUGUCUUGGGCCUGGCCCAGCCCCCCACGCCCUCACCCUGCACAUCCGCCUUGGGCCCAGCCACCUCCCCGGCAGUCCUGGUGGGUUGUUGCCUACCCUUGCCAUGGUGCCGUGGCCCUGCUGGGCGGAUGGAGCAGGACCCCAAGCUGCCCCGUCUGCGGCUCAGGGCCCUGCUCCCCUGGCUGCUCAGGAAGCAACGGUCCAGGAUCAGCCAGACUCUGCCUGGCCCUGGCCCUGGCCCUGGGCCCCAGCAGGACUCGGAUGAGGGCGUCCUCAAGGAGAUCUCCAUCACACACCACGUCAAGGCUGGCUCCGAGAAGGCUGAUCCAUCCCAUUUUGAGCUCCUUAAGGUUCUGGGACAGGGAUCCUUUGGCAAAGUCUUCCUGGUUCGCAAGGUCACCCGGCCUGACAGUGGGCACUUGUAUGCCAUGAAGGUGUUAAAGAAGGCCACGUUGAAAGUGCGUGACCGUGUUCGGACCAAGAUGGAGAGAGACAUCCUGGCUGAUGUGAACCACCCAUUCGUGGUGAAGCUGCACUAUGCCUUCCAGACUGAGGGCAAGCUCUACCUUAUUCUGGACUUCCUGCGUGGUGGUGACCUGUUCACACGACUCUCAAAGGAGGUUAUGUUUACAGAGGAGGAUGUGAAGUUUUACCUGGCUGAACUGGCACUGGGCCUGGACCACCUACACAGCUUGGGCAUCAUUUACAGAGACCUCAAGCCUGAGAACAUCCUUUUGGAUGAGGAGGGCCAUAUCAAACUCACUGACUUUGGCCUGAGCAAGGAGGCCAUUGACCAUGAGAAGAAGGCCUAUUCAUUCUGCGGGACAGUGGAGUACAUGGCCCCUGAGGUUGUCAACCGCCAGGGCCACACCCACAGUGCAGAUUGGUGGUCCUAUGGGGUAUUGAUGUUUGAGAUGCUGACGGGCUCCCUGCCCUUCCAGGGGAAGGACCGGAAGGAGACCAUGACCCUGAUUUUGAAGGCGAAGCUAGGCAUGCCCCAGUUUCUGAGCACGGAAGCCCAGAGCCUCCUGCGGGCCCUGUUUAAGAGGAACCCUGCCAAUCGGCUUGGCUCAGGCCCUGACGGGGCAGAGGAGAUUAAGAGGCAUGUCUUCUACUCCACCAUUGACUGGAAUAAGCUCUACCGUCGUGAGAUCAAGCCACCGUUCAAGCCAGCUGUGGCCCAGCCCGAUGACACCUUCUACUUUGACACUGAGUUCACAUCCCGCACACCCAGGGACUCUCCAGGCAUCCCCCCCAGUGCUGGUGCCCAUCAGCUGUUCCGUGGAUUCAGCUUCGUGGCCACUGGCCUGAUGGAGGAUGAUGGCAAGUCCCGGACCACUCAGGCUCCCCUGCACUCAGUGGUCCAGCAACUCCACGGGAAGAACUUAGUUUUCAGUGAUGGCUACGUGGUAAAGGAGACGAUCGGCGUGGGCUCCUACUCCGUGUGUAAGCGCUGUGUGCACAAGGCCACCAACAUGGAGUACGCUGUCAAGGUCAUCGACAAGAGCAAACGCGAUCCCUCAGAGGAAAUUGAGAUUCUUCUGCGGUAUGGACAGCACCCCAACAUCAUCACCCUGAAGGAUGUGUAUGAUGAUGGCAAACACGUGUACCUGGUGACAGAGCUGAUGAGGGGCGGGGAACUGCUGGAUAAGAUCCUCCGGCAGAAGUUCUUCUCGGAGCGGGAGGCCAGCUUCGUCCUGCAUACCAUCAGCAAGACUGUGGAAUACUUGCAUUCCCAGGGGGUCGUCCACAGAGACCUCAAACCCAGUAACAUCCUGUAUGUGGACGAGUCCGGGAACCCCGAGUGCCUGCGCAUCUGCGACUUUGGCUUUGCCAAGCAGCUGCGGGCUGAGAAUGGACUUCUCAUGACGCCUUGCUACACAGCCAACUUCGUGGCACCUGAGGUGCUGAAGCGUCAAGGCUAUGAUGAAGGCUGUGACGUUUGGAGCUUGGGAGUCCUGCUGUACACCAUGCUGGCAGGAUACACUCCGUUUGCCAAUGGGCCCAGCGACACCCCGGAGGAGAUCCUCACCCGGAUCGGCAGUGGGAAGUUCACCCUCAGUGGGGGAAACUGGAACACGGUCUCCGAGAUGGCCAAGGACCUGGUAUCCAAGAUGCUGCACGUGGACCCCCACCAGCGCCUCACAGCCAAGCAGGUCCUGCAGCACCCGUGGAUCACACAGAAAGAGAAGCUUCCCCAGAGCCAGUUGUCACACCAAGACCUGCAGCUUGUGAAGGGAGCCAUGGCAGCUACGUAUUCUGCGCUUAAUAGCUCCAAGCCCACCCCGCAGCUGAAGCCAAUCGAGUCUUCUAUCCUGGCCCAGCGGCGGGUGAGGAAGCUGCCCUCCACCACCCUGUGAGCCCCAGUGCGGACAAACCAACUCCUUGGAGGCCGAGUCCCUCCCAGAGGGAGCAAGCCUGCGUCACAGGACCAAGUGAAGCGGAGUCCUUCCUGAAGGGCCUGGGGAGUAGCCGGCCCCGAUCACCCAGUCAGGGUGUGAAGUGCCUUCUUCCCCAGGACGGGCUCUUCUGGGCUCGGGCUCCGUGGGUGAAAUCCACUCACUGUACGAACUAUUUUUUAAGGGAGAAAAAAAAAAAAAAAAACCGGCAUCAUCUACCAUGGAUUUUUACAAGAUCCAUUUGCCUUUCUGGCCCUUGCAGUCCCAGGAGGAGGAGCAGCGAGUCGCAUGGAGACUGGGUGGCCAAGACUGACUUGAUCAGCUUUGGGGCCCUCAGCACCCCUCUGUCGGCCAUGGAGCCGUCUGCACACGCCUCCAAGCAGCCCCUUGUUGCCUCUCAGAGUCACCCACUGGCUGUCCAGCAGAGCUUGGUCCCCAGCCGGCUCCCUCCUGUCCUGGGGUUCCAGAACUACUUUCUGCUAAAGCCAAGAACGCAGCCCUGUCAGCUCUUGGCUCCAGGCACCAGCAUCCACAUUGCCCAUCCACAGUGGGCCCCUGCAGCCGGGUCGGACGGCCCUGUGGAGAGGAGGCAGAGAGCACUUUUUGGCAGACUUCCUGUCUGUCACUGGACAGAGUUCACAGGAGACCAGGGAGUGGGGCCACGGGGGCGUCGAGGGCUUUUUCAUUUCCUCCUCAGCUGGUAACUCAGGGUUCAUCUGUCCAAGGCCUUUCUAAUAAACUUACAAUCCAGUCGAA